CCUGUCUGUUCGUUUCUAGUAAUUUAAAUUUUAUUUGGGACUUUCAUUUGUCAUUGUUAAGUUGGUUACUCUGCCACGAUUGAACAUGUACAUUAAAUCCCUCCCACUUGCGGAAAGAGGUUAUUACGGUUUUUUUUUCUUUAUAAACAGUUACGUUUGCACAUUUGCCUGUUUUUCCAAACCUUCCAAGAAUUUUUUGUUAAUUAAACUAUCUCUAAUAUUCAAAGAUUGUGGUUUUUGCAAUCUUCAUUUACAACCGGACCGUUUCUGUGUACGUCUUUGACAGUUGGUGCCUGGCGGUACAAUAAAGGCGGUUCCUGGAGGGGUAUUUAGAAAUGUAAUUUAAUACAGCAGACUAACGAAAUGUUUGAGUGAUGGUUAAAUAAAAGCACUGAGUAAACUAUGUCAAAAGUAAAUAACAUUAUCGGCAGCCGUAGUGUCUCGUCAACCAGUUGCAAUAGUCUCGUAUCCGACAUAGAAGAAACCAUAGAUAAUGGGUUAGACGAUUUAACAUUAACUAAGAGCAACAGGCCGUCAUCCACGACAAGGACAACGAAGGCGAAGCGAAUACGUUUUUAUCAUAAUGGCAAUAAGUAUUUUGGUGGUGUUGUGGUACCAGUUGCGUCCGAUAGAUAUAGAUCCUUUGAUAGUUUAACCACAGAACUUACGAAUCUCUUAAUGAAAACGGUCACUUUACCUAGUGGGGUUCGUACCAUCUUUUCCAUGGACGGUCGUAAAAUAUCGUCUUUGGAGGAAUUAGAAGAUGGGAAAGAGUACGUGUGUAGCGGAAAGGGAGAGUUGUUUAAAAAAAUUGAUUAUACAAAAACGGAGGCCUUGAAAAACAAACGUGCUUCUGUUUCAAAACCCACUGUGCCAGUAUCUCGGGUUGUCCUAGAAGACUGUGUACGUCCUAGAAUUGUUACAAUUAUCCGAAAUGGCAUUAAACCACGAAAAGUUUUGCGAUUGUUAUUGAACAAACGAAACGCAUCCAACCUAGAACAGGUAUUUAGCUCCCUAACGGAUACCGCCCAGUUAGAUUCCGGAGCAGUAAGAAAAGUAUUCACCUUAUCCGGCCAACCCGUUACCGUUUUACAGCAGUUUUUCUCAGGCGAGGACGUAUUUUUCGUGUACGGCAACGAAAGAUUUUCUCUCGAUGAUUUUGAGCUCGAAUUCGAGGAGAGCAAGGCGAUACAGUCGUAUAAAAAAACACCGGGACUGAGAAAUGGUUUUGGCCCGAAACCAAAGAUGCCUAAAAAAGAAUUGAAAACGUACAUUUCUGAUGAAAAUUUGUUAACAAAAUUAAGUAAAGAUGUCAAUAUAACGUUACCGCCAUCGUUACUCCAAAAAUACAGUGUCGGAAGAAUGAUCGGGGACGGAAAUUUUGCAGUAGUGAGAUUAUGUGUAGAUAAAACCACAAAUGUAGGGCACGCAUUGAAGAUCAUAGACAAGUCCAAGUGCAAAGGGAAGGAAGAUAUGGUCGAGAAUGAGGUACGGAUACUUAGGAGAUUGAAUCAUCCGAAUGUCAUGAGACUUGUAGACGAGCAGGAUACUAAGCCGAUGUUGUAUUUAGUUUGCGAAUUAGUUAAAGGUGGCGAUUUAUUCGACGCAAUAACUGUUGCCCAGAAAUUCUCCGAAGAACAAGCAGCUCUAAUGAUCACCCAUUUAACUUCGGCGUUAGCGUAUCUGCACAACCUUAAUAUUGUACAUCGAGAUGUUAAACCUGAAAACUUGCUGGUGGAUAUGAAAGGGUCCAAAAUUAAGGCUUUAAAAUUGGGCGAUUUUGGGCUAGCUUGUGAGGUUACAGGUCCUUUGUAUACAGUGUGUGGAACACCCACAUAUGUUGCCCCGGAGAUACUUGCGGAGUCAGGAUACGGUUUAAAAAUUGAUGUUUGGGCAGCGGGAGUUAUUUUAUAUAUUUUAUUAUGCGGUUACCCGCCAUUUGCCAGUCAAGACAAUGAUCAGGAGAAGCUUUUUGACUGCAUUUUAUCAGGACAAUACGAUUUCCCAGACGAAUAUUGGCAGGACGUGUCGAUGUACGCAAAGGAAUUGAUACAGAAUAUGCUGCAGCUAGCACCCGAAUUGAGAUUUUCGGCGGAAGACGUCCUGGACCAUCCAUGGUUACACGUAGCCAAUUGUUAAUUCUCAUGUACAAAUAGAUGCUUAUUAUCCUUCGGUGAUACUCGAAUUUUUUAAUUUAUUUAGUUUUAAGACUAAAGAAAUCAAAACCAUAUUUUGCCUUCAUUUCUUCCGUUUUGUGGAAUGCCAAAGUUGUCAUUUGUUUUGUAUUAUUGUGAUUUUUAUGCAAGAGAUUAAUUUUCAAUGAAAUGGCCGUCAGUGUAAAUCGGAGGCCUAAAUUCGUUUUUUAAGUUUCCAUCAAGUAGGUGAGCAAGUGAGUAGUAUUUUUUUUUGUCACUUGUUUCAGGUAAUUUGAUUUUUCUUCUCGCAUUAUGAACAAGCAACAUUCAAUAAUUGUAGAUAGAUUUUUGUGUCUAUAUAGAUAGACAUGGAUGACUAAUAUAGAAUGGAAACGGGUCUAAAUUAUCAAUCGAUAUUAUUUUCCACUGCAUCGACCGAUAGCUUUGUAAACUUGAAUCGAUUUGUGAUGUGCAUUGUUAAGGUAACAGGGUAAUGCGAAAGAAGGUGAUCUUCCCCAAAACUAUUGGGGGAGAACACAUUGGUCGUAAUUCCUUCUAUCCAGUGCAAUUUUAUUUAUUUAUAUUACGACUGUUCAACAAAAUAGCAAAAUCUGCUUUUUGUUUCAUUUGUGUUUGCUAAAUAUCCAAAUUGUAAAGACUGAGUCAAGUCUGAUUUCUCGUUUUUUUAUUUGUGCUACACUAUUUUUACAAAAUUCUGUCUGGGAAACUGCAUGCUGCAACAAUGCAACCAAAGAAACAAGAAAUUAAAAUCCAUGCCCUUAGUACACAGACAAUACAUAUUAAGUAAUGAUUUUAGUAAUCAAUAGUUUCCUCUAAUUGGAAAUUGCUGGCCUUUGCAAUGUUAUGCACGUAAUUGUUGAACAAAGCUUACUUAGUAUUGUACAUAAUUCAUUCCAGUGCCUGGUAUCAGAUUUUGCUAUUUUCUAAUUUUUUUUUAAUAUUGUAAUGAGAAGUAUUAUUUAUUAUGUACCAUCACUUAAUUCAUCUGUAUUAGAGAGAGAAUAUAAGAUUAUGAAUUCUGAA